UGACAGCAUUAAAAUCUUGUGCACAUUGGUUAUGUAAUGAUUGUUGGAAACAAUAUCUUGAAAGUUCAAUUAAAAGUAUUAAAAUAGUUCUUUGUCCAGAAUGGAAUUGUUGUUCCAUAGUUGAUGUUGGUACACUUCUUUCAUUGGUUAAUGUACGUUGUAUGAAUAUCUAUGAACGAAAUAUAGAAAAAAGUCUUGUGAAUUUAUCUCGUUCUUAUGUAAAAUGUCCAUCAAAAUCAUGUUCAAAUAUUGUUCAAGUAAUUGGUUCUGGUAUUGAUCAUGUUCAAUGUCGUUGUAGUCAUGAAUUUUGUAUUCAUUGUAAACAAGAACCUCAUUUUCCAGCAACAUGUAGUGCAUAUCGUUUAUAUAUGGACGAAGUUUAUCGAAAUGGAGAUUUUAUAUCAGAUUAUAAUGCAAUAACACAAAUUAAAGGACGUAAUUGUAUAUCAUGUAAUAAUUUUAUUGAAAAAAAUGGUGGUUGUAAUCAUAUGACAUGUCGAUGUGGUGCUGAGUUUUGUUGGACUUGUACGGCUUAUUGGAAGGAUCAUAAUGCAGCGGAUGGAACAUUUCGUUGUCCAAAAGAAGCUGUAUCGUUACAAGAAGAAACUUUAGCUAAGCAACAUAGUACAUCACGACGUUUUUAUAUUAAUGCAAUUGAUCAUCAUCACGCACGUAUUUUACAAAAUCAAUCAAAACAAAAAGAAAAUGCUAAACGUUUACUUGGUACGAUACCAUUAGAUAAAGGAAGUUUAUUUAAUAGUGAACUUGUCCAAUCCCAAGUUGAUAAACGUCAAUCUGUUCUACGUCAUCUCUAUGAAAUGGUGAAAUAUGUUGCGUAUUUACAUCGUAUUUGUGAAUUUAUAGCUGUUUCUGCUGAAGGUUAUGGUAAUAAUCCAAGUGAAUUUCGUAAUAAUUUACAACCCCUUGCAAUAGCUGCUUUUAAUAUGAGUCAAAUAUUAGAAGGUGGACGAGGUUAUAAAGCAAUUGAACAAAUAAA